AUGGAGAGGGGCAGUUUUCUUCUUCCCCUCCCUCAACCAUCAUCACCACUCGACUUUGGGAACUUCACCAUCCUCUACUUUGCCACUGCAACCUCCUUCACGGGCAAGAACGUCGAGUCGCUUCCCGCGCCGCUCUCGCUCAGGAAACUGGGUGACGUGUUGGAGGAGAGGUACAAGGGUAUCAGAGAGGGGGUUUUGGGGCAUAGUCUUGUGACGAUUAACCUGGCGUAUGUGGAUGUGCCUGAGGAAGGGGAGGAUGAUGUGAUUAUUCAGGAGGGGGAUGAGGUGGCGAUUAUUCCGCCUGUUAGCUCUGGCUAG